AUGUUUGCGGGUGUCGUUGGGGCCACCGUAGCUUUUUUGACAAUUGGAUUCGCCAAAGACAUUGGGUACACCUUUGGAGACAACCUCUCCGAGUAUACUCAGCAUCGCCCCUUAAUCAUUUUUGGAAUCGGAUUAUGGAUGUUGGAGAUUUCGAUUAACAUGAUUGAUGCCCGCUGCAGAGACUUCCGGCAUGAUCUUGCCAGCAGAGACCAACCAAAGAUCAAACUGGUAUACCAGUUUUUCUCAUUCUUCAUGGCAGUCAGAAAUGAACUGGGUUACUUGGGCGCCUUAUUUAGUAGAUUCAAUGUUUUGUUGGCUUUUACCGUGAUAAAAGCAUGUGAUAGGUUAUGCGCAAAUGUGAAAAGCAUAUCAAUUUUUUCAGUCCUUCUUCUACCGUUAUUGACGGCUGUGGCUGUGUUCUGCGUCCAGAAAAAGCCAGCAUUUCCUAAGAAGGAGUCAAGUGAGAGAGAAGAGGAUGAUGACAGAUGCGUACUAGUUAAAUGCUUUCGAGAAAUGUUUCGGACCAUGAAGAGGUUGAAUAAAACUCAACAUGUUAUUCAGCCUCUUCAUGGUCCGAAACAUUUCUCGAAAGCAUUUAACUAG